AUGGGUCCUAUAGGGGUGGACUCCCGCGUGAUUGAGAAACCGAAAUUGCAAAGUCGGAAAAUUUUGCUCGGGGAUGUGCGGCCUGCAUGUUUGACUGGGCAUUUCGCCUGCCUUUUCGCUCCAGCCGAAACUGCGCGCAUCACAUUCCGACGCCCCACGCUUCUGGCUGCUUUGUAUCUGUUAGAUGUGACUUGGUGCUUGUGCUAUGUGGUCUGCAGGAAGCCAUACCGGCAGAUCAUUGACGAGCUCAUCAAAAACACUGUCCUUUGCCGCAACGACUUUGACCAUAAGAUCCUUCUCCUGUUGGACGCGCUCUGGGAGCGGAACAGGCUGCAAGAUGCCUGCUCCCAUGUCAAGAAAGUGGUGGAGGUCCUUCCACGAGAUAAGGUCACGCACUGGAGAGGCUACCUCCACAAGCUGCUGCGAAACUUCGACGAGGACGCGUACCACGACGUCAAGGGCACGCUGGCAGCUGCAAACGCAGAGAAGCUGCCUUGGAUCCAGGAGAAGCCUCCGGCUUCCGGAGACUCUCUCCGCGUGUGUGCAGCUGAAUUCCAGCCGGGACAGCUGGCUUGGAGUGGAGCUAUUGGGAAGAAUGAGUAUGUGGCAGUAGCAACACACAGGCUUUGCGCUGACGCACCAGAGUUCGAUCCCAGUCAAUCUACUUGGGCGCCACGAGCCGUCGAGAAGGCCGGGAGUGUCACAGUGAGACGUUUUCGAUGUAAGGGGCAAGCUAAGACAUAUCCUGUGUAG